AUGGCUUGGGUUAAUAAUUUAAGAAAUUGGCAAAGAUUUAAAGAUUCUCAUGAAUAUAUGAAACAGGUGUAUGGUGAUCCUAAUGCACAUUUAAAUAACUUUAGUAAAACAGAAUUUGUAACAGAUCGUGAAUAUUGGGGUAAUUUUGGAUAUGGUGAAUGUUUUAAUUCUACAUCAACUGAAGUACAGUGUGAAAUUCUUCAGGGUGAAUUUGAUCCAUCAACAUUACCAUAUGAAAAAAGAAUGGCAUGGCAUUUUCGUGAAUUUUGUUAUAAAACAUCAGCACAUGGUAUACCAAUGAUUGGUCAAGCACCAAAUAAAUAUUAUCGUGCUGCAUGGAUAAUUCUUUUUUUGGGAUGUAUGAUAAUGUUAUAUCAAAAUGCAAGAUCAGUACUUGAUAAAUAUAAUAGAAAUGAAAAAAUUGUUGAUAUAGAAUUAAAAUUUGAUACAGCACCAUUUCCAGCAAUAACAUUAUGUAAUUUAAAUCCAUAUAAAGCAUCAGUUGCAAAAAGUAUUGAUCUUGUAGCAAGAACAUUAUCAGCUUUUGAUGGUGCUAUGAAUAAAGCAGGUGGAAUUGUAAGUGAAAGUAGAAUAAAAAGAAAAACUGUUGACAUGACUGCUGGACAUCUUUUUGAACCAGGUUAUUCAAAAUGUGAUUGUAGUGUGUCUUCUGGAGAGGGAUCAGUAGAUGAUGAAUUUGAAUGUGAAGGUAAUAAAUAUAAGUUACUUGAACCAAUAGGUGAAGAAGAUAAAUGUAUAUGUGCUUUUGAUAGAGCCUCUAAAGAUACUUGGCCAUGUUAUUUAGAAGAAAAAUGGAUUAAACAAAAAUGUUUAUCUUGUGAUGAUCAUGCUGUUUGUAAAAAAAAUAUUGACUUAGCUUAUAAAAAAAAUGGAAAAAAAUAUCCAUGUUUAUGUGCUCCAGUUGGAGAAUUUUGUGUAGCAUUUGAUGAUACUACACCAAUGUUAAAAAUAUGGGAAUUUUUAUCAGGAGGUCCACCAACAGAAGAUCCUGGUUUUUUAGAAGCUAUGGGUUUUUCAGGAAUGACUGAUGAAGUUGCUAUUGUUACUAAAGCAAAAGAAAAUAUUAUGUUUGCUAUGGCUACAUUAUCAAUGGAUGAAAGAAAAGUUCUUUCAACAACAAAAAGAGAAUUAAUUCAUAAAUGUUCUUUUAAUGGAGCUGCUUGUGAUAUUGAAAAUGAUUUUAUAACUCAUGUUGAUCCAACAUAUGGUUCCUGUUUUACUUAUAAUUAUGAUAAAAGUAAAAAUUUAACAUCAAUUCGUGCUGGACCUAUGUAUGGUUUAAGAAUGUUAGUAUAUGUUAAUGCUUCUGAAUAUAUGCCAACAACUGAAGCAACUGGUGUUAGAUUAACUAUACAUGACAAGGAAGAUUUUCCAUUUCCAGAUACUUUUGGAUAUUCAGCACCAACAGGAUAUAUAAGUUCUUUUGGAUUGAGAUUAAGAAAAAUGACCAGAUUACCUGCACCAUAUGGUGAUUGUAUACAAGAUGGAAAAACAAAAGAUUACAUUUAUGAUGAAUAUGAAUAUACAGUUGAGGGUUGUUAUCGUUCAUGUUUUCAACAACUUGUACUUAAAGAUUGCCUUUGUGGUGAUCCACGUUUUCCUGUUCCAGAUGGAACAAAUCAUUGUCAAGCAACUGAUCCAGUUGCACGUAAAUGUUUAGAUGAAAAAUUAAAAGAACUUGGUGGUGUUCAUGGUUCUUUUAGAUGUCGUUGUCAACAGCCAUGUAAACAAAGUAUAUAUUCUGUAACAUAUUCUGCAGCAAAAUGGCCUUCUUUAUCAUUACAAAUUCAAUUGGGAGCUUGUGUUGGAACAAAUGAAGAGUGUAACAAACAUUACAAAGAAAAUGGUGCUAUGGUUGAAGUAUUUUAUGAACAAUUAAAUUAUGAAAUGUUAACAGAAUCAGAAGCUUAUGGUUUUGUUAAUCUUUUAGCCGAUUUUGGUGGUCAACUUGGUUUAUGGUGUGGUGUUUCAUUUUUGACAUGUUUUGAAAUAUUAGAUUUUCUUUUUCAUACAAUUUGUCUUGUUGUACGCCAUAACUAUGAAAAGAUAAAAAAUAAGUUUAUCAAAAAGAAAGAUGACUUUUUUUAA